AUGAUUUCCUCGAUGGUGUCCGGUUCUGGUGCGCUGUAUACGUUCGCAGGAACGAUAAUUCUGGGACUGAUCUACUCAACGGCAAUCAUUCUCUACAACUUAUUCUUCCACCCACUCGCAAAAUAUCCAGGGCCAAAAGUGAGAGCCGCCUUAGACUUUCCCUACUUCUGGUCCUUGAUUCGCGGCUAUGCCCCCCAAUAUAUGCUGGAACUGCACAACACAUAUGGCCCAGUCGUGCGUGUUGCACCAAAUGAGUUGAUCUUCAAUCGUCCCCAAGCUUUCAAGGAUAUAUACGGGCUUAAAAGACCAGGACAAGAAGAAUUGAAAAAGGACAAGAAAUAUGUCGAGGGCAUGGGCGAGCCAACAUUGCUUUUCAGCGAUCAAACUUACCACAGUUACUUGCGCAAGCUCAUGGCUCCAGGCUUCUCGGAGGGUGGUCUCAGGAAGCAGGAGGCAGUUAUUCUUGGACAUGUUAAUGUUCUUACAAAUAAACUCAGUGAAGUCGGCCAGCGUGGUCAGACCUCGGUCGACCUUUUGAAAUGGGUCAAUUUCUUUGUUUUCGAUGUGGUUGGGCAUUUGACAUAUGGCGACCAGUUCGACUGCCUCACAACCUCGAACUUGCACGUUUGGGUCACCAAAUUCACGAAACUUGGCCGACCGAUGGCAUACGCUCAAGCUUCAGCAAGGCUACCGAAACUCCUUCGACUUCCGUUCAUGGUCUUGGCUUUAGACAGGAGCUUAAUGUCGGAUCGAAACUUCCUCUACGAAACCAGCGAGGCUAAAGUGAAAAGUCGUGUGAAUAAAGAGUCUCCAAUUCCCGACUUCAUGGGCAAUCUCAUCCAGUCUCACAAAGAUGGCAAGAUGACAACUUUCCAGCUAAACUCCAACGCCGUAUUUCUCAUGGCCGCUGGAACGGAGACCUUGGUGACCGCUAUAGUCCACACCGUAUAUCGACUUCUCAUGAACAAGGAGACUCUCCACAAACUAGUUCAAGAGAUUCGUGGAAAGUUCACCACGGCAGAGAACAUCCACAUGACCGGUGUUAAUGGAUGCAAAUAUCUUCUGGCGUGCAUUAAUGAGAGUUUGAGAAUCCAGGCACCAUCUCCUGCAACACAUCCUCGUUACACCCCGGCCGGCGGUAUGACAAUCGACGGGCAUUACGUUCCGGGAAAUGUAGCUGUUGGCGUUCCGAUCCAUGCAGCAUGUCGAGGGGAUGCGAACUUUCGAGACCCAGAGAAAUAUGUGCCGGAGCGAUGGACUGGAGAGCUUCCACAGUAUGCCACGGAUUCGAAGGAUGCUGCUAUGAUUUUCUCAGUGGGCCCGCGAGACUGCCUCGGUCGCAAUAUUGCAAUGAUGGGUUUGAAGCUUGUCCUUGCUCAUUUGAUCUGGCAAUUCGAUCUUGAGCAGUGUUUUCCCGACGAUUGGGCUGAGCAGGAGGUAUAUCUUGUUUGGGAGAAGCCGCCCAUUCACGUCAAAUUACACCCAGUGGAUAGGUCCUAG